AUGCCUAGAGAAACGAGCGGUGGAAAAGGACCUUUAUCCUGCAGGGAAAUUGGAUCUAGAGUACUAUGUCACACUGGAUAUUUGGGGAGGUAUUGGAAUAGGCUGCCUCGGGAGGUGGUGGAACGCUGGGAUACCGCUCUCAGCCAUAAGGGUUGCGUGGUGCGGUGUGGAGCAGGAAGACGAACUCGAAGAACACUGAGGAAGGUGCGCUCACGCUGCAAGCGAUUCCACGACCUUCCGAACGAGCAUCAACGCAACGCCAAGCAACAGCAACCCCAACGCGGACACUACGCAUGCGCCCUCCCGCCCCUCAGCCGCGCGCAGCUCAACCCGCUCCACCUCCCGCACAUGCGCACUCUCGCCUCCCUCGCCCAGCCAUCUAAACCUCAGGCUGAGAGCACUGCGCGUGCGCAGCGGAUGCCAUCCGCGGCUCUCGUUGACCAACCAGCGGCGCCUGUCGCCCUCCCUCCACGAGAGGGAGGGACUGGUCCUCCGCCAUCCCAUCAUGCAACGCGAGGGCGGCGGCGGCGACAGCGACGGCGGUGGCGGCCGCCAUGUUGUGAUGAUGACUUUGAUCAGUUUGAUAAGCCUGGUGCAGAAAGAUCUUGGAGAAGAAGAGCUGGAGAUGAUGAGUGGGACAGUGAACUUGAAGAUGAUUUGCUUGGAGAGGAUUUGCUUGCUGGCAAAAAGAAUCAAUCAGACUUGUCAGAUGAAGAGCUGAAUGAUGACCUCCUGCAGAGUGACAAUGAAGAGGAACAAGAAUUUCGUUCUCAAGGUGUCACUGUUAGCCUCAAUGCUACGUCUGGCAUGUUUACAUCAUAUGAACUCUCUGAGAACAUCAAUGAUCCAUCAGUCGAACACGAGUCUGGGUACAACCAAGGAGAAGAUGAAAUCGGUUACGACAAAUCUGAAGCACCUGAAGUGUAUGCUUCAGAGUAUUCGGAGGAAGGACAUUACGAAGGCAACGAUCCUGAACUGACAGAAGACCAAAUAGAAUAUGGGGAAGAGCCUGGAGAAGAUGAUGAAGUGCUAGACCUUGAAAUCAAUGAACCCCUAGAUGAAUUUCCAGAUGAAGAUUACAUGCAGUCAUACAAUCAGCAAGCAAUGGAAGAACAAGAAGAGUAUACAGCUGAUGAGGAGCUGGAAGAAUCCCAGACAAUGACAAAUGAAUCUGAAGAGGCAGCUAUUGAAUCUCUGGAACUUCAAGAAGAAACAAAAGAGGAAUCUGAUGAAGAGGAAGAUGAUGAUGAAGAGUCUGGAAGAUUACGUUUCAAAACUGAACGGAAAGAAGGAACGAUAAUUAGACUCUCAGAUGUGACAAGAGAAAGGAGAAACAUUCCAGAAACUUUGGAACUUUCUGCAGAAGCCAAAGCAGCAUUACUUGAAUUUGAAGAAAGGGAAAGGCAGCUUAAACAGGGGCGAUACGGCUCAAGGAGAGGAGGGCGAAGAGGAGGCUCAAUUAUGUGCCAUGGAAUGGGAGAACAAAGGAGAGACAAUGAUAGGGGAAGAAUGAAGGAUCACAGACCUGUACUGCUGCCAAACACACCAUCGACAAUGACUCAUUCACAGAGGUUAAUUCCAACACACCAGCAACCUGUUAGGAGUCUGUUCCAGCACCAGCAGCAGCAACAACAACAGCAGCAACAGCAGCAACAACAACAGCAGCAGCAGCAACAGUUACAAUCUCUGCUUCCUUUACAGCAUCAGCAUCAUUCUUCUCCUCCUCCAGGGCUACAUAUGCCCCCUCAGAUAGAAACACCUAGAAUAAUGAUGACUCCACCACCAGUGACACCUCAGCAACCGAAGAAUAUACACAUAAAUCCACAUUUCAAGGGAACAGUAGUGACGCCUGUACAAGUGCCCUUGCUGCCAGUUCCAGCCCAGCCAAGACCUGCUGUAGGACCCCAGAGAUUUCCUGUCCCUCCGGACUUCCAGCAGCACACACCUGGACCUGUUCCUACCAACUUCUCCCAAGCACCACGACUGCCAAUGCAGGAUCAGUGGAGGGGGCCACCUCCCCCUCCUCCACCUCUCCCUCCUCCACCUCCUCAGGACAGAGACCCUUUUUUCCUAGGAGAUCCAAGAUUUCCCAGCCAUCACUUGUUUGAGCAGCGGAGUCCCCCACCACCACCGCCUCCCCCGCUUCUUAACAGUCCGCACCCCGUCCCUACCCAGAGCCCGAUGCCCUUCAGCCAGCCCGGGCCGGCGUUCAGCCAGCAAGGACAGCAGCCUGUAUUUCCCAGAGAGAGGCCACUAAGGCCAAACAUACAGCCUCAAGGUCCGGUGGGAAUUCUCCACUUCAACCAGCCGGGUUCAACAAAUCCACGGCCCUUCAUUCCUCCGAGACAGCAGUUCCUACAAGCCCCAGGACAGCCCUUCCUCACGGCACAUGCACAGCCUAACAUGCAGGGUCCCUUGCAUCCUCCAUUGCAGCCUCAGCCACAGCCUCAGCCUCAGCAGCACCAUCACCAGCAGCAGCAUCAUCACCAGCAACAGCAGCAGCAACACCAUCAUCAUCUCCAAGGGCCACCACAGCCCUUGAUGCCCAUGAACCAACCACAGUUCAGGCCUCACAUACAGGCCUCGCCGCAGCAGCCAAAUAACAACAGAAUGCAGUGUCAGCAGCGGCAGGGUCCAAUGAAGCCAAGGCAUAGCACACCCUCACAAAAUAUUGUCAAGCGUCCAAAUCAGCAGCUACAGCCAACUGCUCCAAGAAAUAGUAACUUGCGGGAGUUGCCCAUAGCGCCGUCACAUGCCCUGGAAGUGAGCAACAGCAGGCGAACCUCUGCUCCAGCUGCUCAGGUCAAACCCAUUACCAGCACAAUGUCUGCCUCCAAGACUGUAGCUGGUGGUGGAAACCCACAGGGAAGGCCUGAGAUGAAAGCUAAGGCAGUCACACCAGUGGGCCAAGCGAAACCAGAAGUAAAAUCAGAACCAGAGUAUCCAGAUGAAGACGAAGAGACUAGAUUGUAUCGUUUGAAGAUAGAAGAGCAGAAACGUCUAAGAGAAGAAAUUCUGAAACAAAAGGAGUUGAGACGACAGCAGCAGGCUGGUGCUAGAAAGAGAGAAUUGCUAGAAAGGCUUGCACAGCAGCAACAGCAGCAACAGCAACCUUCUAUGCAGCAAUCCUACAUGCAACAGGACGAUGACUCUUCUGAGUACCCUACCAACGGCAAUCCUUACAUACCCCACUCUGGCUUACAGACCAGGCAAAAUGUGAAAAACAGACUUCUUGUUAAAAAGCAAGAUAUGGUAGUUCCAAAUAUUCAGCCCAAACACACAGACUACUCGCAGGUUGGGGCUAAUACGCAGUAUCAAGGACAGCAAAUGAAACCAGUGAAACAGCUGAGGCAGACCAGAACGGUAUCUUCCAGUCAGCCUCAGGCAUCGCAGAAAGUGUUACAGACAAAACCUGCUGCAGCACCGCUGCCCACCACACAGACUGCUAGAGUGGCUUCCGUACAAGCAAGGCCACAGGAGAUGAAACCUGGCGUGAAAAGAACUGUCAUGCAGCGGACAAACAGUGGUAGUGGAGAUGUGCCCCAUGGCGGCAGCAAAGUCAGGGUGAUUAAGUUGUCAGGAGGGCAGGGGGGAGAGGACGCUGGCUUUUUUCACCCAGAGGGCCAGCCCCAGCGGCCUCAACAACCUCUGGAGCCGAAACAGCAGCCAGUGCGGAAGGUCACAUUGACAAAGGGAAUGCAACAGCAGCAGCACCAACAGCAGCAGGCACUGAUCCGUUCAGCAGCUCCUCAAGGGGUCAAAAACAUCCAGGGAAUCCAUCAACCUAAAAAGGUCAUUAUGCAUGGGAGAGGCAGAGGAGUAGCAGGCCAGAUGGGCCGAGGACGCUUGAUGCCAAAUAAACAGAACCUGCGAGUGGUGGAGUGCAAACCUCAGCCCUGUAUUGUGUCAGUUGAAGGGCUUUCUUCAUCAACUACUGAUGUCCAACUGAAAAACCUGCUGAUGUCAGUGGGACCCAUUCAGAGUUUACAGAUGCUUCCUCAACAACGGAAAGCCAUAGCGAAAUUUAAGGAGCCAGCACAUGCUUUAGCAUUUCAACAGAAAUUCCACAGGCACAUGAUAGAUCUGUCCCACAUAAACGUGGCACUGAUAGUUGAGUGAUGUCUGCUGAGAGAAUUACUUACACUACCAGAAACAUACUGUGGAGCAACACGGGACACAGUGACAAAACUAUCAGGUUCUGAAACCUUUCAGCUGAGUCUUUUAAUUGCCAUGUUGAACUACAGAAGCAGCAAGGUGUCCUUGAGAAGAGCUGAACUUGAGAGGAUCUACAAAGGUGGAAUUUCUGUUCGGUUUCUUCAGAUUCUGUUGUAACCACAUGGAGCUACAGUUUUGUUUUGUUUUUUUUUUCUCAAAAAGCUACAGUGCAGGUAGACACUGUUCUUCAAGAUACUACUUUGUGACCAUAGUGACUGAGAGAGAACGUUUACACCGAAAGAUGUACAAACUUUCUUCAUAGCAAAGAAUAUUUGAUAAUGGUUGCUCUUAUCUUCAAUGUGAGGUAUUUGAAUGAGAACUCACUUUUCUAAACAAAACACAUUAAUUAUGUUGUAUAUCCAAGAGCAUAGAAGGUAUUCUUGCACAGGUUUAAACGUGGUCUACUUCAUUGAAUAGAAGUAUGCUGAGAAACUUUGGAGGUGACACUGGAAAACUGUAGUUUCUAUCUUUGUAAAUAUGUUAAGUCUAUCUCUGCAUUUUCUAUUCUAAUACAGACUUCCAUUUUCUCCUUCCAACUCCACUUAUUCCAUAAAACACUGUGUAGGAAUAACAUUGCUGUAUUUUCCCUUGGUUUUUAAAAACAAGGAUCUUUGCCAUUCAGUAGCAUCCUGGGGUAGUUAACUCCAAGUUGUAACUAAAUUGUUUUUAAUGAUGUUGCCAGCUACAAGGAAGAAAGAAGUAUUUAGUGGCUCACUUUAAAAAAAAAACAAAAAGUUAUACAGGAAGAGUGGUGUAUUCCUAAUAGUUCUUUUCGGCUAGUGUUUCGUAAUUACCUUAUGCUUUAUUUGGAUUAGGUUUUUUUUUCCUCUUGAGAUUUACUUUGUGACUAAUGCUGAACCAUAAGAAACCCGUUAACUGAAAGGAUUUGGUUUGAUGUGUUGUUCCCAAUGCAUACGAGACUAUAAGGACAUUGUGAAUCUGCUGGUGAACGUGGCAGUUCGCAACAGUAUGUGCAAACAUUAAGGAGCUUAUAUUUUAUUCAAAGCAAAAUCCAUGUUUCCUUUUGGUUAGAACCAUUUAGAUGGUAUUGCCAAAGGAACAGUUUUUUUUCAGUUACUUCUGAAUAAACUUCUUAAAAUGUCAUCUUUAUAUUGGGUUGCAGUUUUUUAAUGAACAUUUCCAUAGUUUUUAGACUGUGAGCUUUUGCUUCACCCUUUAUUUUAGGAAUACUCGUGAGCAUUCCACCUACUAUUGAAUGGGGGGACUUAAGCCUACAAAGUUCUGGGUUUUUUUGUUUUUUUUUUUGUGUCAUCUGAGCGACCACAGAAGAGCACCAUUGGUAUGUAAUGAAACAACUAUGAGUGGGGUCCAAAACAGGAAAAGGAUGAACUAAGCAAGUUUAUAGUAGCAUAGAUAUAUAUAUUUUAAGAUCAAAUGAUAACCAAAGUCACUAAUACCUAAUUGGCUUUCUUACAGUUUUGGUCCAAACUUUGAAUUAAGUAGAAGUUGCUAAAAGUAAUGAUUGAGUAAUAAAUACCACCUAGUCCUCUAGGUAAGAACUGCUUUUUGUUCACUGAAGUAAUAGAGUAAUGUGGUGCUUUUAAUUGCACUGGUGAAAAAAUGUAAAGAAUACAGUUAGCCCAGUUACAACGUAGUGACGAGGCACAAGAACAUCAUAAAAAUAUUCAUAUAGAAGUGAAUUUUGUACCUGUUUGUGCAUUUCCCCUCUUAUGCAUAACACUUAAUGUUUGGCACAGUUAUUCUACAUAUAGUAGAAUAGCUGCUGUUAGUGCUUCACUUAGACCUAAGCCCAGGACAGGGAACGAGUCACAGGUAGGAAGCACCCGGUGGAAGCCAACUGAAGACCAAUGCCAGGUGAUUGCAGUGACCAGCCCUGCUAAGUGCUCUUUAGUUCCUCACUCCCAUGAGCACUGGGACCUCUGUGCUACUUCCUCAGGUUAUGUAAUUUUUAUUUUUAAAUAAAUGUUUAUAUUUUAAAACGAGUCAUUAAACAGUUAUUCACCCCACUGUUAAGACAGCAACUUCUCUGUACUUAGGAGAACAGAAAGACGUCUAGGAAUGGAGCAUUAAUAGUGUGUGUCUGGAAAUCUGUGUUAGGUGCAAAUGCCAGACAGGCCAGCAGCUGAGUUCAGCAGUAGGAACAUCUGCAGUUGAUCAGCUGUUCUGUCAUAAGCAAAUGUUGUUGGGGUUAGAGGGUUUCUUGGAGCUGAAGGGUAUGGGUUUGAUUCAAAAGUCAAAGAAGUUUGUAGAACUUUGUAGAAGUUUGCUUCUGCUUUGGGUUUUGAAUCGAUCCCAGAGAGGCUGAGGUUCAGCCAACCUAAACAAGUUUUAUGAAUUUUUAUUCAGUUGAGUUUUUUUUUAAUGUUUUUAAACAUUGACAAAAGUGAGUGGCUUUGGAACAAAGACUUGAAUUGCCUCAGAUCUAUUUAAAUGUAGGAGGCGAUGUAAACAAUGCUUGUUUAAUGACUAGGUGGGUUGUCUUUAAAGGUGGUUGCAGUAGAUUUUUGCUUGUGCAUAGACAGUACAGACAGAUUGCUGGUGAUUUUAACUGCUUAUUGCAGUGGCUGAGUAUCAGAACUAUAUGUAAACAUGAUGUAUGUAUGUCUAUAUGUAUUUUAUUAUACACAUACAUACACACACUCCCCCUGUAUUGUCACCGUAUCUUUCCAGUAUCUUAAACUCAGUAGCAAAAGUAGCAAUUAGGCGAGUCUCUUGUUAAAAUGUUUGUGUUUUGUUAGUUCUCAAAUCCUUCCUUAAAACUGACCUGUUGGCAAAUGAGCAGUUUGAACGAUGCAUCUCUUCUAGUUCUUUCUGUUAUGUCUCCUCCCAAAAAACCACCGAGGAAGCAGAGGUAAAGCUAGAUGGACGUGUUAUUUCCAUGUUCUCUUUCAGCACAUAGUUAAAUCUGAACAUCUUAAGUUAACUUUCUUGGAAGAUCUGUUGCAACCAUUAUCUUGUUCUUUCUUGAUCAUGCAUUCAAAAUACAAUGCAAAAUGCAAACAAAGCGUUUAAUGUAGUAUGUAAAUAUUGAACUUUUGGAAUUAAAAUGUUACUCGAAGUGCUUACAGUCAACCACAUCUUAGCUAUGUUAGUUUUUGUGUUGUCUUAUCUAAGUUUAAUGGAUAUGGUUCCAUAAAUGUUGAUGUGUUUUCGUGUAUAUCUUCAAAUUUUUAUAAAGAUGCUAGUAAGUCAAUACGUAUACCCUGAUCUGUGUAUUAUUUGUCCACCAUUUUUAUUAGAGUAGUUUUAUGUUGAUUUUAAUAGGCGACUCCAGUAGGUCUUAUAUGGAGCCAACUUUUUUUUUAUCGCUUUGUUUUCAUCUGUCACACUGUAGCACUGGAGAAUAAUUCACUUCAUGACUAAUCAUAUUCUGCUUUGACUAAAAAGAUUGGCCAUACGAUGUGGUAUUUUAGUAGAAUGUUAUACAUUAAAAAAAAAAGGGUUUAAAAAACAGCUCUAUCUUUUAAGGGGAAAGAGAGUACACUGUCAGACUGAGGCCUGGGCUUUAGGUUUGUUUGGUUUUGCUGUACCAGUACACAGACAGGUCUGCCUUGUAAUUCUGUUCUCAAAGUUUGGGCUGUUCUUGUUUUACACAUAAUUCAAGUUGGUCGUGUAACACUUGUUUGCAUCAUAAUGUUAGCAGCUGAUUGUGGCACAUGCUGUAUGGUGGAACCAACUGGAGUGUUUGAAGAGCUUGGUGUAAUUGCUGCUAGGUGGGAGGAGGACAGGUCCAUAGCAUCUUCACAGCUAACAGAAACUGCCACGCUGAUGGUUUUUCUCCAAGUAGUGAUGGAGAGUAAAUGUAGACAGGGUGAUGGUUCUCAGCCCCCCAGAUAGCUCCUUCAUGUAAGAAGAGUAAACACUGUAAAUACUGGCACCCUGUGUGCAGAGUAUCUUCAGAUACAGAACUUAUUCUCCAAUUUAAUUCUCCAAGAGAAUUCACUUCAUAUUCCCCAAAGAAAAAAAAAAAAAGGCCAUCUAACCACUAAAGUGUCAAUCAGAGGAAGCAUUUUAGUUCUUCAGUGUUAGUCUUCCACUGUAAGGGCUUAGAUCAGGUGGUGGUGGUUUUUUUUUAACAAAACUAGGUGAGAACAUGUGCACCUUGAGGUCCUUCGUAAGUUUUUUUUCUUUACAUAAUCUACCUAUUUGGCAUGAGAAAAAUCUUUUCACUUGGUGCAGAGAAUUUUUAAAUGUAGGAUAUCACCUGGUUAGCUUUACAUAGGGCAGUUACUGUAUGCACUUCUGUACUUACAUGAAGUAACUGUGUGUAUGCAUGUGUGUGUGGGUGUGAUGCCCUUAUACUUGGGGUGAGAGGGCGGAGGGAGGGUGUGGGUUUCAUGUAUUGGUUUUGCCUGUUUGACUUACUGGAGGGAUUUCCUACAUUUGUUUUCUGUUGUAGUAUUGUGUCGUUCUGUCCUUCCCCUGCUAUCAUGGUUGUUGCCUGGGUUGUUGUGAUGCUCAAAGGUAGAAAUCUGGCUUUGCGUGCUCACUGUCCAAGAGACGUUUUUGUUCAUGCAGACAAACCUUUUUGAAAUCAUUUUUUGUGCUUUUUGAUUUUUAGCAGCAUGUUGGAUGGGAAAUAAAUGUGAAGGAAACAAAUACUGAAUGGAUUGCAGGAAGUUAGCAGUAUUAUAAAGGGUAAUGGGUCAUUCAGGGUAAACGGGGCUUUCGUUUCAGUGCUACCUCAAAUAUUAAUUAACUCAUAACCAUAGUACUGGAAGUAUUUGAUCUUUAAUUAGUAAGAAAUCCUAAGGAUUUUAUGUAAGGGUUUUUUGUAACCCGCUUCUUUUUUUUUAACAUGAAGAUGAUUUAUUAUCUACAUGAGCAAAGGGCCUUGUGUACAAAACCUGAUUCAUAUUGGAUCCUUACGUAUACCAUCUUCUGGUAUCAUACGGUUGGGAAGGAUCAUUUUGUUCUUUGUAAUGCUGCUUUUUUAGGGUUGGUUUUUAUUUUUGUUGUUUAGUUUCUGGUUUUAACUACAACAAAGUCUCCUUUUUCUAUUUCUGUGCUUGCUUUGGUGGAAUGUACGGUCCCUAUUGCACUAAACGAAACCUCAAGGGGGAAACCUAAUCUCACUGGGCCUUCUAGGUGCCUGUGUGGCUUUCUUACUACUUGGUCAGACACAUUUUCCUGACUAACUGGAAAUGGGCCUUGUAUGUACACAGGUUUUCAACAGGUUUACAUUCCUUUUCUCAUGAAACAACGCUCAGGUUAAGCCAUUUUUUUAACCCUCUGAAUAAUUUCAAUCAGUGUUACAGAUUAAGCCUAUUUGUGUAAAGGAACCUGUGCACAGUUAAAAGGAGCUGUAUUGCAAAUGCUGUGUGUAGUUCCUUGGAAGAUCACAAUUUGAACAGAACGUUGCUGUAUUAAUGUUACAUUCAUUCCGUGGCUCAGAAUUCUCUCUGCAUACAUCUAAUGGUUUUUAACACGCCCUGUAUUUUUUCCUAGCGUCUGCCAGACUGACUUUGGAACCUCAGAGUUUUAUUUCCAUGCAUAUAAUAAUAAAAUUGUUUUUUUUUUUUUUUGUCAGGAUUUCUUUUCCAGGCACUGACACUUUUCAACUGCUCAGUUUUCUAAUUAAUGCACAUUUUCACUUACAGAUACACCAAAGACGAGAUGCCAAUGCUAAUUUAUUCACAGCUGAUCUUCUCUGCCACCUAAUAUAAUUUUUAUUGAUACAAGGUGCCCUUAGAAUAAGUCAAAUUUCUUUUCUCUUCAGGUGCUCUUUUCUCUGCCCUGUGCCAUACCUCAUUUCCAUCUCAUUUGCCCCCUUUUUUCCAUUCCCACGAGGGUAUUUGUAUCCUUGUUAUGUUCUUGCUCUUUUGAUUCCACGUUCAUCCCUCUCCCUCCAGACUUUCUCCUAUCCAACUGCAUAGCACUCUGUCAUUUGCACUAUUCUGUUUUCUUCUCACCAGCGGCUCUUUUGAUACCUGAAGCCUAAAUCUCCCACACGGAAGCGUAAGCAGCCUGUAUUUUUCUUUGCAGACUUGCUUACAGUACCUAAAGUUGAGGCCUCAUUUGCAGGUGUCAGACCUUAGGAGAUGCUGCCCAUCCCAAAGCUCUGGACAAAUAACAAUUUUGCUUUGCAGUUUUACUGACGCUGGAGAAUUACAGAGUUUUUGUACAUGCUCUAGCAUUUAUGCAAGCCAGGAGAAACAGGAUUAACAACUCUUUCAUCCUUUUUGCUUUUUCAGGAGUUCUGUUCUUGAAUUCAGUGAUAGUAAUAGCACUUUUUUAUUGUCACUUAGUAAUACAAGCACUGCCGACACAAUUCUACCUCCUAUUACUAUUACUGAAUGUGAUCCUUCCUAACCUGUAAAGUCUGAAAUGCUGUGUACAUUUAGGUGUAUUGAGAAUCAGAGCAUGUCGCUCUAAUCUGGAUGGCAGUUUGUUGAUUAGCAGUUCAGAAUAUUAUUCCAUCAGCCGACUGUAUCAUUCUGACUCCACCUGGGGUUCAUCUGCCUCAUGUUUUCUACAGCAUCAUCUGCACACUUUAUUUCUUGAAUGUAAAACUGAGCUAUACCAAACCCUCCGCUGGCAUAAGAGAUCUUUGUCGUACUUAUUUAAGUGAAUGUAAAAGUGACAACACAAAAAUGAUCUCGUGCAAGUUCUUAUUGCCUGUAAUUCCAUGUUUAACGUGUCAACGUGCAAAUAUAUUUAUUGUACCUGAAAAUAUGUGAAUAAAACUUUAUCUUCUUCA